AUGGCUGUUUUCAAAAAAUUAAAAAAUCGAAAAGAUAAGCAAACAGCAUUAUCAGUACCUGAUCCGGAAACAAUCAAACAACUUGAUGAACGUAUCGGUUUUCGUACAUAUCGUGAUUUUUUUACGCUAAAAAAUUAUUGGAAAACGAUUGAUCGUAAAAAAUUGCAUGCUGCCAUAAUUAUGUUUCAAAG